AUGGCGAACAAGUCAAAGGCCGCGAAGAGAGCACGAAAGGUCGAGUCGGAAGCCGAAGCAUGGAAGGCAUCCUCCAAGACCGUACUUGGUCGCCUGACCUAUCGUCUCGAAGAUCUUCCCGACAUUCUGAUCCUUCGUGUAGCAUUCAAGUCCAUGAACGCUUCCGGUGAAUACGACGAUACUGUGUACAACCGCAAGUUCCGGGAGCCCGCGUGGGCUGAACUUCGCGAGACAUAUUGGCCCCAUUUCAAAGACAUCACUGCUGUCGACAAAAACCCAGAUAGAAAGUCUCACGAAUGGCAUCUCAUCAUGCCAAAUAAUUCAAAUAAGGAUGAGUUCGCGAUGUCCACCUUACUGGGUCAAUUCGCUCUCAAAACCAAACUUCCCGGACACGUCAAAACCGGCCUACCUGAGCGAAAAAUGGCAUGCAGGAUUACGAGUACGGAUGUAUUAACAAGUACAGAUCCAAAACAUCGUAGACUCUAUCAGAGGAGUCUCAACAUUCUAAUCCAACGGCGCUAUGCCUCAGUGGACGGAUUCCCCGAUAAUCUUUGGGCUACCAAGGAACAGUUCCGAAAGAUUCCCGAGGGCAUCAAUCUCUUUCAAGGGGAGAAAUCAAUCCAGCUGAAGGAGGAAAAGUCAAACAUGCCGAAAGGAGAUGUGUCAAUCACGCCGUUAGUGAAAGGCUACAAGGCUCAUACAAUCAACGGUACCCAGACGCCUUCUCCCUACUCACUUCGCGUACGCGCCGCCUUAUCGACUGAUCUCAAAGACAAAAUGAUACAUUUGGUGUUCGAUUUGACGUCUACCACGCCGGAAGCCUACAACAGUGUCUAUGAAAUGUUGUUGGAUGUUUUCGGGGAUGGCAUGAACAAAGAAAACAUCAGCCGCCUGCAACCCGCUAUCAGCGACUUGCUGGUUGGAGUCAAAGUUCAGCGCAACUACCCCUCUACCAGAUCAGAGACUACAGCAGACGUCAUCAAAACAUGGGAUGAGCCGUUCUUGAUUCGCGAGGUCGUAUCCAACCAGGAUACCGAAGUCAGGGCCAAGACAAAGAGCAAGAGGAAUGAUGAAGAUGAGAAAGAGGUUCAGACUAGUUACGAAUACUUCAAGGAGAACUACAACGACGGCAACGCUAUGGAGCACCAGUAUCUUCCACUCGUAGGUGACGGUCGCGGCGCUUAUUUCCCCUUGACCCACGUCAAAUUUCCCAAGAAGACCCAGGUUUUUCCAAAGACUGCUAGCGUUCUAGCCCAACCGCUUCGGGCAAAGAUUCAUGAGCUCGGUCUCCUCAAGUCCGAAGGCUCAGAGCUCGUGAAACUAACCGGCGAUAACGGCGGAAUCGAUACCGAACCGUUCGAACUGCUCAAGCAAGUCGGGGCGCCUUCGAUCGAAAUGAUUGACCCCUUGGACCUUGCACUCUAA